CCGGAACUGAUCAACUACUGGUCAACAUAUUAGUAUAUAUGGAGAUUGCUGAAGAGCUGAGUGGUCGAUCUUGAGCCCGAAAAUGACUUCAUCUAGAGGCUAGAGACCCGCAGACCCGAUCAAUUCAUCAUGCGUACAAAGGUUAUCAAGGCGGACACCAUUGAUGUGGCCGUCGACAGGAUUCUCGUUGAACUUGGGAAAGACACUACAAGCAGCAGAGAGAAUGCCAUCUACUUUGAUGGCUGGGAUGGUCUUGGGGCAUCUGCCGUCCUGCAAGCCGUAGCCAAACGUCUUGGAGUAUCAAAUGAGCCGUCGACAAGGCCUGCAGGGCUGGAGUUUGAGAAAAUCAUCCACAUUGACUGCUCAAAGUGGGAAAGCAGAAGAGCAAUGCAGAGGAAAAUAGCAGAGCAGCUGAACCUUCCCAAUUGGGUGAUGGAGAUGUUUGACAAGCAAGAUGAGCUAGAUGAUAUUAAUGGGUUAGAUGAGGGCUCCCGAACUGAGAUAGCACAAGUUGUCAGAGAGAUCUAUCAAACCACACAGAAUCGGAGAUUCUUGGUGAUUCUGCAUAAUGGAGGCAAUGAGGAGAUUGAUAUAUUCAAUUUUGGCCUUUCUCUAUAUGGAUAUGCCAAUAGCAAGAUGCUGUGGACUUUCCGAGGGAGGUUUCGGCUUGACCCCAAGAUGACAGACAAUGUGAAGAGCACAACAACACAUGUUCUUGUUUCAGCUUCAAGAUAUUUGCGAGAUCCACAAGAGCUUUGGUCUUAUCUAGUUCACCAUGAGGCUGCACAACUUUCCUGCUAUAAGCAUAGCCAUAUCUUCAUUGAUUCAGCGAUUGCUGCUGAGUGUGUCUUGUAUAUGCUGAAACAGUGCUGCAUCGGCUCUCACAUCGUUGACUACGACUGGGCUAUACACACCAGUAAUUAUUGGGUAUGCAAUGGGAUCAUCCCAUUGACAGACAUUGACAAGGCAUGGAAAUUUGGUGAUGUUGUACGGCAUGAGGUACGGUUGUUGAACAAUGACAAUCGACUUAGUAAUGAUGAAUCAACAGUAAUGCUAUCCUCUCACCUGACAAAGUCAGCUGAGCGCAUGCCAUACUGUAUUUCAACAGCAACUUGUGGAUUUGUACAGAGCCGCUUCAGUGUUAUUCUCGAAAACAUGUUCCAACACUCGCACGGGCUCCGCGUGCUCAAGCUCUCAUGGUGCACCUUCAAUUUCUCAUCGCCUCCAUUCCUCUAUUACCAUAGCUUGAGGUUCCUGUGGCUUGAGCACUGCCAAGACGAUCUAACAAGAAUUACCACAAAUCAUCACUACACAGAUGCAGACAAAGAGCAGGAUGAGUUGGACAACAACAACACCGCUAGAUCGUGCUCAUGCUUUCAAAACUUGUGGGUGCUUGACCUGCGGUACACAGAUUGUGAUCAGAUCUUGUCAGCAAGGGUGAUGGAUCUCAUGACCCAGCUCAGGGAGCUAAAUGUGAUGGGUGCUGAAAAUUGGGACAUGAGCCAUUUGCGAGGACGGCUGUCUAACAUUCGCAAGCUCCGGGUAACAAAGUCCACCUGCUUCUUCAACAACAACAUGUUGUCAGAGAUGGAAAGCAUGGAGCUUCUUGAUUUUUCGGGAAAUCACAUCACACAAGGCAUGGCAUGCUUAUCUGGGCCAGCAAGCAACGGUAGCCUUAAGAGUGUCAUUAUUGAUGGAUGUGAGGGGUUGAAAAAUAUCUCUUUUAGGGGAUGCAAAGAAUUGGCAAACGUGUUGUUGAAAGGAUUAUUGAGGGGUCUCGAGGAGAUGGAACUCUCAGGCACAAGAGUAAAAAUCCUCAACCUUGGAGGAGUGCAAUACGCCCCCAAGCGGAUCGUCCUGCUAGGCUCUGAGAAGCUCCGUGCAAUAUUGUGGCCAAAGAAUAUGAUAGAUGGUUGGCGAGAAAACUGGCCGAGAGUGGUGCACAUUGACACAACCUCACCAUCAACAUCAGCUUAUGGUGGGGAGGCACCACUUGCACAUCCACAAGCUGAUCCAUCCCUCCACCAGCGGAAAGAAGAAAUGUUUAAGGGUGGAUGGCAGAUUUCUGUUACGGACACUCGGCUCCUUAGGUCCCUUUGCCCCUUAAGCAUAAGUGUUUUAGAUAAGUCAUCCUUACAUAUUGAUAUAUGUGCUGCAGCAAACAUCCAAGGAACAAGCUGCUACGAACUAGUGCAAGUACAACCGCAUACAAGUACCAUAAUGGACUCCAAGUACAAAGAUGUACUGAAGAAUGGCCCAGUUGCAGAUUUGAUGGUGUCAGACUGCCCCAAGAUUUACAUUCGUGAACUUGAAUAUACAGUUAUGAUAAAGGUGCUCAUGGAGGACAACAAACUUUUGGAGGAUGCUUCAGGUGCUAGUACUAACGCAUUAUUAUUUCCUUACUGUAUACAUUGUCGGGCUACAUCUAUGCACAUGUAUGAUAACGCCUCCAUCACCAGUAUCUCCGUGCCUGAACAAGGAUGGCGUAAGCUAGGAUGGUGUCGGGUGGAAAGGUGCCCCAAGUUGGACACAGUCUUUACUGUUCCCCGGUACAGCAGAUACACCUUUGGUUAUCUGGAGACAUUCUGGGCAUCCCAACUCCUCUCUGCACGCUACAUCUGGGACAUGCGAGUUGAAGCAUACUUUUUCAACCUGAAGUUCUUACACCUGGACUACUGCCCCAUGCUCGUACAUGUACUCCCCUUAUGCCCGGGCGAUUGGACAGGGUUGAGUGGAUUCCCCUUAUGCCCGGGCGAUUGGACAGGGUUGAGUGGUUUGGAAACCCUUGAGAUAGUCUACUGUGGUGAUCUCACGGAGGUAUUCCCUUUGAGCCCUGAGCUUCAAGAGCAGGAUAAAAUUAAAGAACUUCCCAAGCUGAGGCGAAUACACCUGCAUGAGCUCCCCGUGCUGCAGCGCAUCUGUGGACGCAGGAUGUUUGCGCCUAAACUCGAGACUAUCAAGAUCAGGGGCUGCUGGAGCCUUAGGCGCCUGCCUGCCGUUGCCCGUGACACCAAGCCGCCCAAGGUGGACUGCGAGAAGGAAUGGUGGGACAACCUGGAGUGGGAUGGGUUGGAGGAGAACCACCAUCCUUCCCUCUACGAGCCAACCCACUCACUGUACUACAAGAAGGCCCAGUUGCCCAGAGGCACCGUACUCAGGUAAUCGAUCUUGAGCUUCUUUCAAGGAAAUAUGAAAGAUCGAUCAUCAAGCAUGCAAUGCCCCUACCUCCUACAUAACAGAAGCUUUCCUGCCGUGUGUCUCUGUGCGUUGCUUGCCCUGCUUCCCGCUUGAUUGGUUUGUGGUGUUCUUCUCUCUACAUCUGUGUUGCCUUGCUGUGCUGGUGCGGCUUCCAGUUUGAUUUGGUGUGGUUUGAUCAUCUUUGCUCAGAGCUAUCGAGCAAAUGAGAAAUAAAUCAGAGUGGGCAUUCAGCUUAUGCAGCACACACGAGCUCAUGAGCGCUCAUGUCGCUGCUUGCUCAUUCUGCAUGGUGUGGUUGCUUAUUACAGUAUGAACUGUCGGGUAUGUGGUGAUUGUAAUUUGUAAGCAUUAACGAUGAUGGUGGUGAUAUGCGUGUGUGUGCGUGGUGUUGUUUGUUGUGGUACAACUAUGAACAUUGUCACUUGUUAUGUGUUGAUUGCAAGUAAGCUGGGAUGGUGUUUGUUCCCAGGCAAUUUUAUA